UUCGGUGCGUGUAUAGCACGUGAAAAAAACUUACCUGUGCCCCCCCCCGUGGACCCCUUUAUUUCGUGUCAGUCCAGACUCGGGCCCUUCUGUAAAGCUGAUGACAUGCGUAACCUGAAGUUACUGAGAUCUCUACACAGCACCGGGGUUCAAGGCAUCGGCCACCCGCAGUGCUGUUCGAUAUGUACAGUCACAGGAACAGUACUGAUUGCAUCAGGUUAUGGUUUUGUGGAACUGGAUCCCAGCACGGAGCAGAUUAUUAGGGAUGUCUCUUUGACAACAGAGGGAUUUCUACCAGAGGAUGGAAGUGGUUAUGUUGUUGGGAUCCAGGAUGUUCCUGAUCAGGAAUCUGUGUGUGUUGCUACAGCGACAGGUGAUGUUAUACUUUCCAACCGUGACACCGGCCAGCUGGAGUGCGUGGGCAGUGUGGACAGUGGUAUUGUUGCUAUGAGCUGGAGUCCUGACCAAGAGUUGGUUUUGAUAAUCACAGGUCAGCAAACAAUGAUCCUGAUGACAAAGGAUUUUGAGCCUGUUGCAGAAACACCAAUACACCAUUGUGAUUUUGGAGAAGGAAAAUUUAUAACACUCGGUUGGGGUAAAAAAGAGACUCAGUUCCAUGGAUCUGAGGGUAAACAAGCAGCCCUGAAACACAAAAUAAUGGAAGUGUCACCUUCUUUGCCUUGGGAUGAUAAAAAACCUCGGAUAACAUGGAGAGGAGACGGACAGUUUUUUGCAGUUAGUUCCAUAUGUCCAGAAAUGGGGGCUCGUAAGGUGAGGGUGUGGAACAGAGAAUUGGUUUUGCAGUCUACAAGUGAAGUUAUAGAAGGUCUGGAACAAGCAGUGUCCUGGAAGCCAUCAGGAAGUGUUAUUGCCACUACCCAGAGCAAACAAAAUAAGCAAGAUGUUAUUUUUUUGGAGAAAAAUGGGCUUGUUCAUGGAGAAUUCACACUUCCAUUUGCCAAAGGAGAAGUUAUGGUGAAAGAACUUCACUGGAAUUCAGAUUCUACAAUUUUAGCAAUUUGGCUUCAAGAUAUAGAAAAAAAUGGCACGAAGCCAAACACGUAUGUUCAGAUAUGGACAGUUGGAAACUACCAUUGGUACCUCAAACAAAGUUUGCAUUUUGGAAGUAACGAGAAGAGCCAAAUAGUUUCUUUGUUAUGGGACCAUGAGAAUGCAUUUAGACUACAUAUAAUCAGUGCAGAAUGGGAGUACUUUUGUUAUGACUGGUUUUGGAGUACAGAAUGCACCAGUGGGGAAGGCCUUCAAGGACAAGCAGAUGUCGCUGUUAUUGAUGGAGACACAGUCUUAAUUACGUCUUUUCAUCAGGCUGUAGUUCCUCCUCCAAUGAGUACUUUUCAAAUUAAAUUCCCAAGAGCAGUAAAUCAAGUCGUGUUCAGCAGUGACCCUGAAAAUAGUAGUGAUCUUGCUGUCAUUGAUGCAGACAAUUGCCUUUACAUCUGCAGAUAUGAAGGCAGUACGAAGAAUAAAAUAAAGUUGACUGCAACAGGAGUUGCGGAAGACAAAGCUAAAGGAAAAGAUUUCAGAUUGCAAGUGCCUCUGUUUAACACAAAACCUCUACAUUUUCGCCAUCUCUCCUGGGUGCAAGUGGACAAAUUUUUGGCUGUUAGUCAAGGGCAAAAGCCCUCUGAGUCAUUGAUUCACCAUAUCUCAGUCUCAGAAGAAGAUGGACAGCACAUUGAUAUACGGCAGGAAGUGUCUGUUCUAGGGAACAUUACCAAUCUCUGCUAUAGUUCGAAGACAAGGUCGUGUGCGUUGCAGACUGCAGAUGGACAGAUCUGGAAGUAUCUUUGGGAGUCUCCUACUCCUGCCUUGAAGCAUUGGACGGAUGUAAUGGGUCACAGCGUCAGAUUUCUCCAACCAUGUGUACAAAUUGCUUUAGCAACUGUAGACAAAGAGGAGGUUGUAUUGGGUUUAACAGAUAGAUCUUGCUUAUUUAUUAACAAUAUGAAGGUGGCUACUAAUAUCACUUCUUUUGCAAUACAUGGUGACUUUCUUCUUUUAACAACCCAUUCCCACACUUGCAGAUGUAUAUCGCUGAAGGACACUACAUUAACAGCAUUGGAAGCUCAGCUGAAUAGCAUGCCUAAGCCAAAUGAUGAAACCAUUCGCAAAGUUGAGAGAGGAUCUAGGCUUGUCACUGUGGUUCCCCAGGACAGUAAAAUAAUCCUGCAGAUGCCACGUGGAAACUUAGAGACCAUUCACCACAGAGCUCUAGUUCUUGCCCAGAUACGCAAUUGGCUUGACAACUUGAUGUUUAAAGAAGCAUUUGUAUGUAUGAGGAAGCUCAGGAUCAGUCUCAAUUUAAUUUAUGACCACAACCCAAAGGUUUUUCUGGAGAACGUGGACCUAUUCAUAAAACAAAUAGACUCUGUGAAUUAUAUCAAUUUGUUUUUGACCGAACUAAAGGAAGAAGAUGUCACCACAACAAUGUACCCCACUUCACAUACUCCAGUCAAACAGUCUUUGCAAGGAUCAGCUUCUACAAAAGUUGAUGUUGUUUGUGACGCAAUGAGAUCUGUCAUGGAGGAUAAUAAUCCCGACAAGUAUUGUUUAUCAAUACUUACAACUUAUGUCCGAAAAACGAAACCCGAGUUGGAAAUCGCCCUCCAAAAAGUUCAUGAGCUUAGAGAGAGCCCCCCAUCUCCUGAGAGAGUCAGUGCUGAAGAAGCCUUGAGGUACUUGAUGUUCUUGGUAGACGUCAAUGACCUGUAUGAUCAUUCCCUUGGAACGUACGACUUUGACUUGGUCAUUAUGGUGGCUGAGAGAUCACAAAAGGACCCAAAAGAGUACCUUCCUUUCUUGAACAAACUGAAGAAAAUGGAAGUUAAUUAUCAAAGAUACACCAUUGACAAAUAUCUUAAGAGAUACAACAAAGCACUUGGACAUCUUUGCCAAUGCGGACCAGAUCAUUUCAUAGAGUUUCUGGACUUGGUGAAAAGUCAGAUUUUAUAUACAGAUGCCUUAAAACUUUAUUCAGUGGGGACUGCUGAAUAUAAGGCAAUCAGUGAUGCAUAUGGAGAUUACUUGAUUUCGAAACAUCAGUAUGAAGAAGCUGGUCUCAUCUUUGCUCGCUGCGGCAGUCAUGACAAGGCUCUGGAAGCUUUUCUUGCAUGUAACAGCUGGCAGCAAGUAAUGUGCAUGGCCUCUCAUCUCCAUUACACAAAGAACAAAAUGGCUGACUUGGCAAGAAAUGUGGCCGGUAAACUUGCUGAACAGAGGAAAUAUGCAGAUGCAGCAGCACUUUUAGAGCAGUAUGCAGAGGACUGUGAAGAAGCAAUCAUGUUGCUCUUGGAAGGGGCUCACUGGGAAGAAGCUUUACGUUUGAUACACAAAUAUGGUCGUUUUGAUAUAUUGGAGACAAACUUAAAGCCUGCACUGUUAGAUGCCCAGAGAAAUCACAUGCUGUUUCUUGAUGGCCAGAAGUCUCUAUUCACUCGCCACAAGCAUCGUUUGGCUGUCGUCAGAGACCUAAAGGAGAAAGCUAGACAAGGUCUACUAGAUCAAGAAGUCACAGAAGGUCCAGAUGCCGACCUGUUCUCAGAAACAAGCAGCAUCAUGACUACAAGCAACAUGAGUAGCAAAUACUCACAUAGCAACUCAAGGAUCUCUUCGAGAUCAUCAAAGAAUCGGCGCAAAGCAGAAAGAAAAAAGCAUAGUCUAAAGGAAGGAAGUCCUCUUGAAGAUGUGGCUCUCCUGGAAGCUCUGGGAGAAACUAUCCGCACAGUGGAUAAACUGAAAAGUGAAGUUCACAGCCUUUUGAAAGCGCUUAUACUCUUUAUGUACGAUGAGCAAGCCAGAGAAAUCCAGCAGACAUUUGAUGAAUUACUAAAGCUGAUGGAAACAUCUAUGCCAGAAAUAUGGACUCCAGAUUUACAUCUAAAUGCUGCAACACCAGCUAUAGGGCCCAAUUCAACUGCAAACAGCAUAAUGACUUCUUAUCAGCAGCAAAAAAACAUAAAUACGCUAACACAAGAUGCUGAGCUUUUUAUUGCACCUACGCUUAUGAAAAACUUUCAGUGGAGACUAAGCAUACUUUAGACUUAUUAUGGAGCUGAUGAAUACCUGACAGUUGUGUUUACGUGCAGUUCCGUAAUAACUCACAGUAGCAUGCUUCAAGCACCAUGUUGUAAUAAGAUCCUGUAUUUUGCUGAGUACAUAUGCACUCAUUGUUUGACAUGUAUGUGUUAUAUUAAAACGUUUUGUUACAUUA